AUGAAAUAUGAAAUAAUUUAAAUGCCAAAAACGUAAUAAAAUUACAUAGAUCAGAUAGAUUUUUCUAUUUGGAACAAAAGAACAUUUAAAUUCAAAGAUUAGAUUAAUUUAAUUAAUAUUGGAAUGAAAAUAGCUCUGGUUUUAUUGCUUUGUUUGUUUUUAGUUCAAGCAAACUAGGAAUCAGAUAGGUGUAUCAAUCAAUGUGUUGGACAUGCAUGCAAGGGUGAAUAAGAUUAAUUUAAAUGCCUUAAAGUGUUAAGCUCUGAAGUAAAGUGUUUUAAAAAUAAAUGUAAUCCUGCUUAUAAAUCCGAUUGUGUAAAUAAUUGUUGCACAAGUAAAGCGUGCAAAAAUUUAAUUUCUUGUGCAGAAGAUUGUCCAUCUUCUUAAUUGGAGGAACUCCACCAUAUAUUUCUAUAAAGGAAAGGAUAAUAUAUUAUGCAUGAUUUAACUGAGGAUCAAAAUAGCCAAUUUAAAUUAGCUGACGCAACUAAUCCUCAUAGAAAUAACGCUUCUACUUCUAGUUCUCACUUAUUCAAAGUGGUAUUUCUUCUUUUAGGGUUGACCUUUAUUUAUUAUUGA